AUGAGAGGUUGGGCCAUCAUUGCGGGAUUGGUUGGCGUAGCCAGUGGCACCUGCGCGUCUGUGCAAUUGUGGUUGCAGAUCGAUGGGACUAAGUCGUUCGACUCGUUGGUUGAUGACCGGGCUGCGUACGUGACCGCGUUUAUCAACGGCGUGAAGAACACGGUGCCGACGUUCGACUACGGAGUGUCCGUGUUUGGCGAUCGGCAACCGGCCGACGGGGCGCAGACUACAUGUUACUACGAUGUGGUUGGAACGGGAAACACAUCGGACAAGGAAAGCAAGACCAAAGCAUUUUUUGAGGCGUUUGAGUCGGUGGAUGAUCAGGACGCGGCGGAGGACUCGAUUUCAACGACGGCGUACCUGGUGUCUACGCAAUACCCCCCGGACCUGUUGGCGAACACGAACAAGGUCAUGGUGAUCGUGACGGACGCCGCGGGCAAGGCUAAGGGCGAGGGCGGCGAUCUGGAGGGCAGUACGGCGCUUGACAACCCUGACUCGUGCGUGACUUGCGAUCGCAGCUUCGAAUUGGUCGACAAGACCGCGUUCCAGAAUUAUCUAAGCUACUUUGACAUCGCGCUCAUUGUCAUCACCACCGACGACGCCGCUAACUAUUGGACGGACAUUGUGAAAACACGCGGCCGCGGCGGCGUCCUUCUCACCAAAGGCGACGGCUCCGAAGACGCCAAACGCGUCGUCGAGGGUCUCGUCCAGUUCAACUGCUCCUCCACAGACGGCGGCACCGACGGUGGAGGCAAAAAAGGAGGCGGCAAAACUAAGAUCAUCAUCAUCGCACUUGUCUGCACCCUACUCGUCCUCGCAAUCCUCGGUGCCGCCGCCUGGUGGUGGCGCAAGAAACAGGCUGGAGGCGGCGCCCCCAAGCCUAAAGCUGCACCCAAGGCCGCUGCCGCGAAGAAACCGGCAGCAGCCGCCGCCGCCGCCGAUGAAGAGGAAGAAUACGACGAAGACGAGGAAGGCUACGACGAAGAUGAAGAAGGCUACGACGAAGAUGAAGAAGGCUACGACGAGGAGGAAGAAGAAGAAGUAUAA